AUGCUUGAACAUGCUUGGACAUGGACGGAACAAAACAAAGGAAGCUUUGGACAACAAAAAUGUACAACGCUGCCUAGCGUUACAAAUUUUCUUAACAAAUUUCUACAGGCGAAAUCUUCGUUAGAAAACCUGGAGGCUAGAAUAGAAGAAUUAAAAGAAGCACAGGAAACCGCAAAUCACGAUGAAUGGACAGAAAAGAUCGUAAGAACUGAAACCACAAAGAAAAACUUAGAUACUAAUAUGCAAACUCUAUUAGAACAAAAAUUUGUGGACAACCUGAAAUUAAGAUUGUCAAAAAUAAACCGCCACAAGGUUUACUUUAAGCAUUUUUAUUCUAUCAAUUAA